AUGGAUCCCACAAAGCAGCGGCAGACUUUGUGGUCUGCCCUCCCCGAGCUGCUCGUCAGACAUGGAGAAAAAACCGGUCCAUCGAGGUCAUAUGAUUUGCUUUCGAAAGAUCAGAUUGCCGAGUGGAAAACUUUUGAAAACGAAGUACGAGAGGACACAAAAGCGAAAAACGGUAACCCGGAGCAAGCCUUGAUUAGUCCUCCUACUGUUGACUCCUAUGUCGUCGCGACUGAAGAUGGUAUCCAGGCCCGGUUUAUCGAGCAGAUUUGCUCAGAGAUUGGGAAGAUUUUCGAAGCCCAGGGGAUCUCAGUGAGGUUUGCUGAUAGGUCAACCGGUCAGCAUGCCAUCACUGGCCACAAUCCAGAUGUGAUUAUUCAAGGAACAUCCCAGGAUGGAAAAACCAAAGUCGCGGGCGAGAUCAAAACCCCAUGGACGACGACUCUGAUGUCGUUGGACUCAAAAGGCAUUAGGCGUGUUCUCGGUAGGUGGCAGGGCGAAGAGAUAAAUAGCCUGGACUCCAUGCUAAGAGAAUAA